AUGUCACAUCAAUGGAUAGGCUGGACACGAGGCCUUCUACAAAUCACGCCGCGCUCGGCCUUUGUACCGCAUACUAACUGUCUCUUCAACGUACCCGGAUUGAUAAGGUUUGCUUCCUCUGGAAGUCAAUGGAAGCAACGCCAGGGCCGCGACCAUUUUGUCCGCCAUGCCAAAGUCCAAGGACUUAAAAGCAGGGCAGCUUUUAAACUGUUGGAGGCAAGAUUCGCCCAUCACGCAAAAUACAAGCUCUUCAAGAAGAACCAAACUGUAGUUGAUCUGGGAUAUGCGCCAGGCAGCUGGUCUCAAGUUGCUGUUGAGCGCACUAGACCGUACGGUCAAGUCAUCGGUAUCGACCUCAUACCCGCUCAACCUCCCAAAGGUGUCGCAACAUUCCAGGGAGAUUUCCUGUCUCCCGUCGUUCAACAACUUUUGAAAGAGUUCAUAGCUCAAGCGCACCAUGAUCGACAAUCUAGAGCAGCACAAUUUGAUGACAAUGGCGAGGAUGACUUGAAAUCUGACGGCACUCUCAUCGAACAACCAAGCUACAUUGACUUAGAGAGACACUCAACAGAGGGCUCAAAGUCACCUCCCGGUAGCAUACCGACAAAGUCGACGUCAAAAAAUCUUGUGGAUAUCGUGUUAAGUGAUAUGUCAGCACCAUGGGAACAGACUUCUGGAUUUGGUUCCAAGACUUUGAGUAACCCUUAUGACAGGCUCAUGAACACGAGCGGAAUUACGUCUCGGGAUCAUGCUGGCAGCAUGGACCUUUGCGAAGCUGCACUGCAGUUCGCCAGCGAUACACUUAAACCUGGUGGCCACCUCGUAUGCAAAUUCUACAUGGGAGCAAGGGAUAAAGAAUUGGAGAAACAACUCAGGCUACUAUUCGCAGAGGUGCACAGAGAGAAGCCAGAAUCUUCAAGAUCGGAAAGCAGAGAGGCGUUUUUCGUUGCACUACGUAGAAAAUCCACAGCAAGUGUUAGCAUACAAGGCGAUCACAAUUAA